AGAAACGAUACCUCAAAUCAAAUUCUCAGUAAACUGCGCAUGGUUUUUCAAAUAAUAAUCAAGCUAUCCACUUACAUAAACUCUGAUAAUAAAAUCGGUUUUAUUUAGUUGAACUAUCAAUAUCUAUCAAAUAUGAAUCGUCCCGAGCUGGACUAUUACUCUGUGCUGGACAUUCCGCGCAAUGUCACCAAGGAGCAGAUUACCCUGGCAUAUCGGCGCAUGGCAGUUCGUUUAUGUCCGCACAGGGAUAAAAAAUAUGAGAUGGAUUUUGUGCCACUGGCCCAGGAGGGCAAAUUGACGCAUUUGUCGCCUAUGUCAGAGACCAAACAGUGGGCGUAUCUAAAUAUGGCAUUUGAUGUGCUAGGCAACGAGCUGUAUCGUGCCAUCUAUGAUCGAUAUGGCGAGGCAGGUCUGUUCGAGGGGGUGAUGCUGCCCAAUGGCUAUUUCCCACCCUAUCAAUACCAUGGCGAUCAUAUGAAGGUAUAUGAACGGGUAUUUUCCAGCUAUUCGCCGUACGCGAAUGUUAUUGAUGCCAUUACCAAUCCCCCUUGUUUGUAUGCUACUAAAGAGCAUGGUAUAGGUGUGCGUCACAAAGAUGCGGAUACGGAACGUAUUAUAUACUUGUCUUUGGAGGAGGUGCGCACAGGUUGUGUAAAACUUAUGCAUGUGUGGCGUCAGGAGAUUAUUGACGUUAAAGAAUCACGGCUGGAAAAGCGAAAGCACACACUUAAACUCAUCAUCCAGCCGGGCACUACUGCUGGCACUCGCUAUUGCUUUAAGGAGGAGGGUGAUCGCUAUCCAACGACCAUACCAGGUGACAUUAUAUUCAUUGCCGCCGACAAGCCGCAUCCGACAUUUGAGCGCCGCAACAUGCAUGACCUGGUCUAUCGCUAUGAUAUCAAUAUAGCUCAGGCCUAUACGGGAUUUAUCUUCUUCGUGAAUACCCUAGACAAGCGGCAGUUAAAGAUCGUCAUCUCGGAUGUGGUAACUCCAGGUUACCAGAAGAUUGUGCCAUUGGAGGGUUUGCCCAAGUGCCGCAAUCUGGAUGCUGUGAAUGCAAUUAAGCAUGCCAAUAAACAAAUUGAAGAAUUUGGUGAUCUUAUAAUAGAGUUUAAUUAUAUAUUUCCAAAAUACUUAACACCAGAAAUGAAGAAAUUGACACGUGAAUUCUACACGGAGUUUCGUAAAUUGGAAAUGGAACUGGAAAAGGAAGAGGAAAUGCACAAUCAGUAUUCAUAGUAUUUUAAUUAAUUUAUUGUGAAAAUAAAAAUUGUCUGUAGUUCAGCGUAAGCAGCAUACCUAGCGUGAAAUAUCGGUGAAGCAU